AUGGCUAACAUUUACCCCUUCAACACAACAUGCACCCAUUUAUCAUUGGGUGUGUGUCCAUGUCCCAAGUCAAAAGCACACACAUAUCACAUUGGAAGAAGAUGGUGGGGUUACUCAACCAACUUGAUGCUAUAUGAUGAUCCUUGGAAGAUCAAGAAAGUACUUCAAGAGAAUGAUCUUGAUGAUAAGCUAAUGUUGGACAAAGAUUUAGUAGAGGAGUUGGUGUUACCUGUGUUGGCUGCUGGUUCUGAUGUUGAAAGAGGAACUUUGGUUAGGAUUUUUGAUUGCGACAACGAAUCGAGGCAUGUGUUGGUUCUCAAGAGAUGUGAGGUUUGUUCAGCAAACUAUGUUUUCUUUGAGAAUUGGUUCCAUGAUUUUGUUAGAAGAAGGGGAUUGAAGAAAGGAGAUGAGAUUGGCUUCCAUUGGGAUCCAUAUAUGAAACACUUUGAUUUCUCUGUUUUAUUUAGGACUAUUAGGAUGUAG